GACAACACCAGCGAGAACCGGACUGGACACUACACCCUCUUCGAGGAUGCGAGGUGGGGCUGGUGCGGCCUUCGUCUGCGGACGCGAAAAGCUGGGGACCGCGACAACGUGACUACCGGCAAUCAGUUCUUCUUGGGCACUGGUGCUGGUGCUAGUUGGGACAGCAUGGGUUAGCGCGGUGCGUUUUUGCGGUGGUGUGUGGAUGUGUCCGAGUAAAAUGGCAGGAAGAUUUUGUUUUCUUAUGUUAUCAACGCUUCUUUUGGGAUGUAAUGCAGCGCUGGGAGCGGUUUUGCCGCCCCCUUGGGCAAAUCCUAAACUGAAUCCAUGCGCCACACAACCUGGGGGAUGGCAGUUACUUUAUUGGCCCCCCGACGGCAAGUGCUAUAAGAUUUUUAAGACCGGCUAUCCCUGUUCUGAAGACAUGGAACUUAGCCCCUCACCCACGAAAUCGGGUGAGCAAAAAUUCUCAGCAGAAUGCCGUUGCCCGCCAAUGAAAGCCCAAUCAGCACGCGACGGCAAGUGUUACGACUUGUACGCCAGCGGCCCGUGCGAAAAAGGCUUCUAUUUCGCCCCCGACACCAAAUAUAACAACAACAGCAACUCAAAACGUCUAUGGGGCGUCUGCACUCAGAUGAAAACCUGCACCGGCCCCAACGAAAUAUUCUGGCCACGAGAUGGCCAUUGCUACCACAAGCUAACCAAAGGACCUUGCUCCAAGGGCCAACUUUUAACGACUAACCCUGAUAAAAUUCCAGAGUGCAAAUGUACUAAACAUAGAGAAUUGAGAUAUUAUAGAUACAGUGAUGGAAACUGUUAUCAACACUUCACACGGGGGCCAUGUAAGGAAAAAGGGCAUCUUUUUCUACCCGACCGAUCCUGCGGAUGUUAUAGUUUCUUACCGCAUUUCCACGACGAUACAAAGCAAUGUUUUGAGAUAGGUUCGAUCGGACCUUGUAAUACCGGCGAACACUAUCAGCUAGAUUCAGAAACGCGACGAGGAUCCUGUCAGUGCAAAACUGGCUACAUCCGAUAUUUGAACACUUCGUCGUGUUACAGGCCUUUUACACAAGGACCGUGCGAGUUAGGGCAAAUCUUGAUUAAUUCAACUACUUGCAUGGGGCAACCGUGCGACAGAGGACAUCUAUAUUUUUUAAAACAGGAUACGUGUUAUAGAAUUGGGACACGAGGGCCUUGCAAGAAAGGCCGUAUUGUGACGUUCGAUUUUGACACACGCCCGUCACUGGAUGGAAUUUCGUAUAAUGGAGUCUGCAGUUGUGAAAAGCACGUCUACAGCAACCAGUGCGAUGAAGAGGAAAUCACCCAGUGUAAUAAAAGUGACGGUAUGAUAAUGUACCAAAAUCGAUGUUAUAAACUUUACGGUCAAGGGCCGUGCCCAAAAGGAGCGUGGAUGGCCCCUAAAAGGUACAAAAAACAAGAGAUUUGGAACAGUGAUAGUGAGAACGAAGGUAUUUGUGAGUGCGUUCCUGGUUAUACUAGGACAAUACGGACGUCAAGGAAUGUAACAGAAAUGGCUUGCAUGCCACCAACUGUGAUUUUAGCUGAAUAUUUAAACAGAAAUUUUUCGUCUGUAGGUCAAAUUGUAACUUUAUAAUUUUACGAUUUAUACUUUUGUAAUAAAAACGUGAACCUA